CUCUUCAAAUAUAUCAAGGAAGUAACGACGACUUCCGCCUGCCGUCAUUAUGAAUUAACCAGUAGCCAAUAGUCAGCAGUGAUGACUUAACUUUUUGGUUUUAAAACCUAACAACUUUUUUCUUCUCGUCGGUCACUGAUCCUUUUCAACCACCCAACAACCGUGUUGACGCCGCCAAUAGUAAAAGUUGCCCACCUACGUAUCUACGCAGAAUACACAUACGUUUUCUCGAUAUUUCUCGGGUGUCAGCUAUUGUUAAAGAAUUGGUCUUGAACCUAUUUAACGAAUAGUCAACAAGUACCAAUCACUCAAAUCAGUCGAGUUAUCAUGGCGAACGCAAACCAUAAGCGUGCUCGUCCCUUCACGGCCGACCCCUACGACGAGCCACCCAAGAGACCAAGACCUGCAUCCCCUCUCUUUACAUACCAUGGGCCUCCUCCCAACGACGUCUUUACUAGACCUCCCCUCAGCAGAGAUGGACCUUAUCACGGCUUCUAUCCUGACCACUUUAGCCCGCAGUCGUCCGGGCCCUGGGGUCCAACUAACACAACUUCUGCACAGCCUUUCGACUAUUCCGAAUGUCUGCCCAAUCCUCGACGACAGCACUCCAGGGAGAGAGACCAUGAUUUCCGUCCGCCUAUGGCCUCCCAUACCGGUCACCGACUUAGAUCAAGCACAAUGCCUUCAAGACCCAGGGAACCUAUGUCUAAUUUCCAAGACUCUUUUCAACCCCAGAAUUCCCAACGAGGCCCGGACACUCUCGAUGCUCGUGUUGCGGAACUCGAAGCGAUUGUCAGAUCACUGAAUAGAUCAUAUAAUGAUUUCAAGUUGCCUAGAGCUACUGUAAUUCGCGACUUGCGUCGAGAUAUAGAUAAUCUAUCAAUGCUCGAAGGUCAAACCAAUGAGUUGGAGGCACGUGUGCACGACAUGUCGCGUGCUCUCCAUGAUCUGCAGGCUUCAACCGAAGCAGACAACGUUAAUGACAAAUCUACCGAACCCAAAAUCCGCCAAGACGCAGCAACCCAAGCACGAUCACAGAUGCCAGAGCCGGGUAUAGCAAUUGACGACGGCGGCGAUGAUAGUGGUGAUGAUGUUAUCUUCCUAGGAGAACGGCCCCUUCAAGAUAGUGCUUUUGAUAUUCACGAUAACGAUAGCAAUCGUGAGAAUUACCAGCCGGAGGCCGUUACCCGUGACAAUUUCGUGGCUUAUCUUAAGAGCCUCGACUUUCGCGCACCGUAUGGGAUGGAAGUGUUUGUCAGCACGCCAGUUACGGCGAGAGACUAUUGUCUAUGUACGCUGAACGACGGCACGGUAUACUUUGUACGUCUAGGAACCAGCGAGAAAGGAUGGUGGAACAUUGAGUAUGAGCCUUAUGAGCGAGCGCCCCUAAUGCUGCAACGAUAUAAACGCGGACACCUCGAUGGCGACCAACACUUAGAUGCGAGGCGAUUACCUUCACUGUUGCACUAUCGCAGCAACGUCUGUGAAGUCGAGUACCCUGUUCCGAAUUUUAUAUUCGCUCCUCCGCUCCGUUAUGCAUUACCUCUAGGAGAGAUCCACGUAUACCAACCGCGAGUCGACAAGGCACCACCUGACCUUAUUGGUACAAAUUUCUUCUUGCUUAUGGAUGUCACCAACUCCAAGAAGUCACUAUGGAUCGUAUAUGCAUACGAAUAUCCCUUCAAUAAAAGCAAUGUCCCUAAUCACUCUAAGGGUUACCAGCAUGAGGAGGGUACAAUCGAAACAGGAAAGUAUGAAUUGAACCGAAAUUCGCCUCUCUGUGCGGAUUUUGGCCUUUUCGAUGUGGCAUGCAUAGCAAAUAGCCUGGAUGACUUUGUCGACUUAACCAAGGGAGGUAUGCCAAACCUUCGUGGAUACCAGCAGACUGUAUGCCCUCAACUCGAUCCCGUUAAAGUCCACCAGACGCUCCGCUCGACUGCGUGCAUUGCACAGCCUGUAUUUACAGAACCGAACCUAGACAGCCUAACUCGAGCAAUCAAUCAGGGGUGGAAGAAAUAGGAGCCUUUAUCCAACAUCUCCCGAGAUACCGACAGUUUUACCUAAUUUGUUUUGCACGAUACCGAUCCGAGGGUCUUGAUUAUCCAUCUUCAUGCUAGCAAUAGAAUCGCGAGGUGUGAGGAGUUUGAUGAACGAAGAAAAAGGAAGGAGGCCUAAGGAAAUGGGAUUACAUCUACAUUGAUG